ACCACAAUUAAUUGCAGCAGUAGCCGCUCAUGGCGUGGCCGGGCGACCUCGGCCGGAUGGGGAGUAGCCGGCGGGCUCUAAUGGCGGCGAGCUUUCGGGCCAACGAGGAGGAAGGUGACUACAACUUCAUCUAUGAUGACAAAGAUCCGAGAUGGGUGGAGUUAGAGAGCCUUCCAACUCCGGACAGGGCCAGGAAAGGCAUCAUCCUUCAUGUAUCUCUGACCGGCCAACUUGUUACAAACGAGGUUGAUGUCCGACGUCUCAAACCUCAUCUUAAAAAGACUCUCAUGAGUCGCAUAUUCGCCGAUGUUGAUGAAGAUAAUGAACAGUUCCUUCGUUGGAUCAAAGGCCGUUAUGAACGGGUGGGCAUGGAGCUGCCAAAGAUUGAGGUACGGUUUCAAGAGUUAUCAGUGGAAGGGAAGGUGUACGUUGGGAGUAGAGCGCUGCCGACACUGCUCAACUCUGUCAUCAACUUCACCGAGGGAAUGGCAGGGCAUCUUGGUCUUUUUCCGUCCAAGAAAAAGGUCCACAAAAUACUCCACAGUGUCAAUGGUAUCAUUAAGCCAUCCAGGAUGACUCUUCUUCUUGGUCCACCCGGCUCUGGAAAAACAACAUUAUUACGUUCUCUCUCAGGAAUGCCAGAUAGAAACUUAAAGGUGAGUUAUUGUGGACGUGAUCUGUCAGAGUUCAUCCCUCAAAGGAUAAGUUCAUAUAUAAAUCAGCAUGACAUGCACAUCUGUGAAAUGACAGUCAGAGAGACAUUGGAUUUCUCUGGACAAUGUUCCGGUGUUGGAGGAGGCUAUGAAAUGCUGCUAGAGUUACUAAGACGUGAAAAGGCUGCAGGUAUCAAGCCAGACCCUGAUACUGAUGCUUUCAUGAAAGCAUCAGCAAUGCCAGGACAGAAGUCCAACCUUGUCACAGACUACCUUCUCAAAGUGAUUGGUUUGGAUAUUUGUGCUGAUACUAUUCUGGGUAAUGAGAUGAGACGUGGUGUUUCUGGGGGUGAAAAGAAACGUGUAACUACUGGAGAGAUGUUGGCAGGGCCUAACAGAACACUGUUCAUGGAUGACAUAUCAACUGGACUUGAUAGCUCCACCACCUUUCAGAUUGUUAAGUUUGUGAGACAAAUGGUUCAUGUCAUGGAUGGAACGGUGCUCAUGUCUCUUCUCCAGCCGGCACCUGAAGUCUUUGAACUUUUUGAUGACAUAAUCUUACUGUCCGAGGGGCACAUUGUUUAUCAAGGUCCAAGAGAGCAUGUUCUUGAGUUCUUUGAGUUCAUGGGUUUUAGAUGUCCUGAAAGGAAAGGAAUUGCAGACUUCCUGCAAGAAGUCACUUCAAAGAAGGAUCAAGAGAAGUAUUGGUUCAAUGUAAACCAGCAGUCUUUUAGAUACAUUUCAGCUCUUGAGUUUGCAGAAUCCUUCAAGACAUUUCAUGUAGGCAGGUACAUCUCAGACAGUCUCAGCAUCCCUUAUGAUCAGAACAGAGCAGAGUAUAAUUUAAUAGUGAAGGAGACAAGUAAUAAGUAUGGCAUCUCAAACUGGAAGCUCUUCAAGGCAUGCUUCUUCAGGGAAUGGUUGCUAAUGAAACGCAACUCAUUUGUUUAUAUAUUCAAGACAUUUCAAAUCUCAAUCAUGUCAGUGAUUGCCAUGAGCGUGUUCUUAGGAUCACAAAUGCAUCACAGAACCAUUGCUGAUGGAACAAAGUACAUAAAUGCUUUAUUUUACGGUUUGACAACUGUGAUGUUCAAUGGUAUGUCUGAGAUAGUGAUGACUAUUGAAAGGCUUCCGGUGUUCUAUAAGCAGAGGGAUUUUCUGUUUUUCCCUUCUUGGGCUUUCGCAUUGCCAUAUAUAAUUCUUAGAAUUCCUAUUUCACUACUAGAAUCAGGAAUAUGGAUGUUGAUUACUUAUUAUCCCAUGGGUUUCGCACCUGCUGCUAGUCGGUUCUUUAGGCAAUUCUUGGCAUUAUUCUUUAUACACCAUAUGAGCUUGUCAAUGUGCCGGUUUAUCGCUGCAGCUGCAAGGACUAUUAUUUAUGCCAACACAUAUGGGAACUGUUUUAUGCUUCUUAUUUUUGUGCUAGGAGGUUUCAUUAUAUCUAAAGAUGAUGUCAAUUCUUGGUGGGCAUGGGCCAUUUGGGUUUCUCCUAUGACUUAUGGGCAGGAUGCUAUUAGUGUCAAUGAAUUCCUUGAUCCUAGAUGGAACACUCCAAAUACUGAUCCAAGAAUUAAUGAACCAACAGUAGGGAAAGCAUUACUCAAAGUCAGAGGCAUAUUCACAGAAAGCUACAUUUACUGGAUCUCCAUUGGAGCUAUUUUGGGUUUUGCCAUGGUGUUUAAUGCUUGUUUUGUCAUCUUUCUUAAGAUCUUAAAUCCAAUUGGGAAUUUUCAUGCUGCCAUUGUAGAUGAGGAUGCAGACGUUAAUGAUGUUAAGGAAAAAAGAUCAAAUGGAAAUCAGAGGCAAAACAUGUCAGACGAUAAUACAUCAUCUAAAAUCAUCGGUUCAGGUAAAAAGAGUAGUGAACCGAUGAUUUUGCCUUUUCAGCCACUUUCACUCACAUUCAGUAAUGUGAACUAUUAUGUAGACAUUCCAAGUGUAAGUCAGGUAAAAAAAAAAAGGUUUUCAAGUAAUCAUACACCGUUUUUUUUUUCAGUGUUUAAGAAAUUCGAAUUACCCGCUAAGAGUAAAGGAGCUAAGAGUAAUCGUCUUCAAUUACUGUCCAAUGUAAGUGGUUCUUUUAGGCCAGGUGUCCUCACUGCACUAGUUGGUGUUAGUGGAGCUGGAAAGACUACUCUGUUGGAUGUUUUGGCUGGAAGAAAGACACAAGGCUUUAUUGAAGGAUGCAUUAACGUUUCUGGUUAUCCAAAGAAGCAACAAUCCUUUGCUCGCAUUAGUGGUUAUUGUGAACAAUUUGACAUUCAUUCACCCCAUGUUACUGUCUAUGAAUCUCUGCUUUUCUCUGCUUGGUUACGUCUCACACCCGAAAUAACAGAAAAACAAAGAAAGAUGUUUGUGGAGGAAGUGAUGGGCCUUGUUGAGCUCAAUACAUUGAGAAAUGCUUUAGUGGGUUCUCCUGGGGUGGAUGGAUUGUCCACUGAGCAGAGGAAGAGGCUUACGAUAGCUGUGGAGUUGGUAGCAAAUCCAUCCAUCAUCUUCAUGGAUGAGCCAACAACUGGACUUGAUGCAAGAUCUGCAGCAAUAGUCAUGAGAACAGUGAGGAACACUGUUGACUCUGGACGUAGUGUGCUUUGCACCAUUCACCAACCAAGCAUUGAUAUCUUUGAAUCUUUUGACGAGUUAAUGUUGAUGAAAACUGGAGGCAAGCUCAUAUACUCUGGUCCCCUUGGUCAGCAUUCACAAAACCUUAUUGACUACUUUGAAGCUAUUCCUGGAGUUCCUAAAAUCCGUGAAGGUCAAAACCCUGCAACAUGGGUUCUUGAAAUAAGUUCCUCUGAGGCUCAAUUGAACAUUGAUUUUGCAGAGCUGUAUUCCUCUUCCUCUCUUUAUAAGAGGAAUGAGGACAUUAUCAAUGAGCUAAACAUUCCAGCACCAGGCUCCAAAGAUCUCAACUUUCCCACAGAAUAUGCACAGAGCUUUGUGACUCAGAGCAUUGCCUGUUUCUGGAAACAACGGCAGUCCUAUUGGAGGAAUACGAAAUAUAACAGCACACGCAUCAUCACAACUAUCGUCUAUGGUCUCAUGUUUGGUACUAUGUUCUGGAACAAGGGUAGUAAGAUAACAAAGCAACAGGAUCUGUUCAACUUGUUGGGAGGCAUCUACUCUGCUGUCUUCUUUCUUGGUGCAAUGGCUGCCAAUAAGGUGCAACCUGUGAUUGCCACUGAGAGAGCAGUUUUAUACCGUGAAAAAGCUGCUGGGAUGUAUUCAUCCUUGUCCUACGCCUUUGCUCAAGUUAGUAUUGAGAUGGUGUACGUAGCAGUGCAGAGUCUUAUUUACACCAUCCUUCUCUUCUCUAUGAUGAACUUUGGAUGGCAAGCAGACAAGUUCUUUUGGUUCCUAUAUUUCAUUUUCAUGUGCUUUGUUUACUUUGUGUUAUUUGGCAUGAUGCUUAUGGCAAUGACUCCGAAUAUCGCCGUUGCGAGCAUUCUCUACGCCUUCUUCAACUGCCUAUGGAACUUGUUCUCCGGCUUCAUCAUACCGAGAUCGUUAACUCCCAUAUGGUGGAGAUGGUACUACUGGGUUUGUCCUGUUUUUUGGACAAUCUAUGGCAUUGUAGUUUCUCAAGUAGGUGACAAAGAGAACUUGGUUCUGGUGCCUGGGCAGGCUAGCAUCCCUGUGAAGGAUUUGCUGAAUCAUACUCUUGGAUUCCAACAGAGCUUUCUUGGUUACAUGGCAGUACUGCAUUUAGCAUUUGUGCUCAUCUUCUUCUGUGUGUUUGUGUAUUGCAUCAAGUUCCUCAACUAUCAAAGCAGAUAGAUUUGUUCUUCAUUUUGACACCCAUGUGGGGACAUCAUUUAUCAUAUUUUUAGACUUUAUUCUA